GAAUCACGGAAGGAAUAAUCCGAUUCCCAGAGCGUCGAAAUUGGAUUGGUCCUAUGCGAUUCAAAAUCGCAUCGGCAGAUUCCCGAUACGAUUCACCGAUUUUUGAAACCCUGCAUUACACAUUUACACUCCAGUACUCCACCCUUCUUUCACUUCUUCGCUUCUAUGCUGUAAGCGGUGCGCACGUUUCCUCCUCCCGUCGCAAGACAUCGUGUCUUCCUCGUUGUUCGAAUAUUUUUCUUUGCAGGAGAAAGGUGGGGUCCUCUCCUAUUGGCCACCCAGCCCCUAGGUACAGUCCACCCAGGUCGGUGGCUUGCAGUUAGCGUGCUGGGCAGCUCAACGUACCGAACAAGCUGUUAACAGUAUUUCUAACUCCCUCGCUCGGCCCUUCCUACCAAGUCCCAAGUCCCAAGUCCCAAGUCCCAACUCAAUUCCCGGCACUUUUGCUCUACUCUGAAGAAUGGAAGCCGGAGAGAGUUCUGGAGCGAAACCCUAUGACGAAGUCUGGGCGAAACUCGUGCCAUCAGACUCAAGAUAUCCGGAUGUUGUGAUACAGUCAGAGUGGACGGUUAUAUGCUCAGACAUAACAUGUUCUUCACCGGAAAAGCAUGAGUGGUGCAAAAUAACGAGGAACUUGGACCUUUGUUCAGCAACAUUGCAGAAUCUGAGUUCAGAAACUAUAAUAGUCGAUGAAACUGUUCUUGGGAGAGAAGGUACAGUGGUAAUCAAUUGUGGGAGCGAAAUAAUUUCUGGGCCAAAUAGAGAAGGUUACCUGAGUUAUAGAUUUGAAGUAAUGCCAACCCAGGAACUUUGCAACAGACAGUUAAAGAUCUCCUUAGAUGUUGACCAUGCUAAAUGUAGCAUUUGCUUGAAUAUAUGGCAUGAUGUUGUGACUGUUGCCCCUUGUCUCCACAACUUCUGCAACGGUUGCUUCUCGGAGUGGCUAAGGAGGUGUCAGGAGAAACGGUCAAGUGUUCUUUGUCCUCAGUGUCGAGCAGUUGUAUGUUAUGUUGGAAGAAACCAUUUCUUGCGCAAUAUCGAGGAGAAUAUACUUCAAAGUGAUUCGUCUUUAAAACGUUCCAGCGAAGAAGUUGCAGUUCUAGAUGCUCGGGCAUCUAUCAAGUCAAAUCUUGUAGUAAGGACUGGAAGAACUGGUCGAAAAAGGUCAUAUACACCACCAAAUGAGGAAAGUAUUGGACCGGAGUUUCCUUGCCCUCAAUGUGGAACUGAAUUUGGUGGGUUCCAGUGUAAUCAGACUACAGCUCAUCUACAAUGUCAUGCAUGCGGGGGAAUGAUGCCAUCCAGAACUGAUAUUAGUGUACCACAACACUGUUUAGGAUGUGAUAGAGCCUUUUGUGCAGCAUAUUGGCAGUCCCUAGGGGUUGUUGGAAGUGACUUUCACUCAGUUUGCGUUUUUGGGAACUUCAAGCCUAUUUCUGAAUGUGUUAUCUCAAGAAUUCCUUCUUCAGCACACCAAAAUAAUCAAUUCGAGCAAGAUAUCACAGAAAGGUGCAUUACGCAGACUGGGAAAACAUUGCAGGAUAUUAUAUCAGAUUGGAUCGCAAAGUUGAAUAACAGAGAAAUUGAUCGAACAAGGAUGCCACUGAAUCAUGCUGAGAUGAUAACUUCUCGGACACACCUUUGCAAUGAUUGCUAUGAGAAAUUGAUCUCAUUCCUCUUGUACUGGUUUCGGGUUUCAGUGCCUAAAUAUCUUUUACCUCCUGAUGCAUCUCAAAGGGAAGACUGCUGGUAUGGUUAUACAUGUCGCACCCAACAUCAUAGUGAGGAGCAUCGUCGUAAAAGAAACCAUGUUUGUCGUCCUACCAGAGGAAGCAAUAUUUAGUGUUUCUCUAUAUUUUCUUGCAAGCAUGCUGUGAUACCUUAAGAGUCUUGUGUUGGUCCAAAAUUUGGGUUGUGAUUCGUUGGUGGGUCGGUUCUCUGAUGACCACAAAUAACGGGUUUAACCAUAGUGACAUCGUAUUUAACCCUAAAUUUUUUAUUAAUUCCGAUGAAGUGCAUGUAUAUGUCUUUCUUUUUUUUUUUGUUUUAA